AUGACGGGGCCACCUGCUGAAUCUACCGACUCUAGACAGCCUGCGGAAACUCCGGGGAGAACCGCACGUCUGGUCUUUCCUGGUGAACCUGGACAUGUUGAUCUGCACCCUCCGGAAUCCGAUCCUGAAGAGGAGGAAGACGAGGAGGAGUAUGAGAUUGUAGAGGGAGACCCGCUAGCGGACUUCCCCGACGAUACGGAGGAACUGGAUCUGAUUCACUCGCGCAUAUCUUCCUUGGAACCUCUCCGCCUGGAACGCUUUGGACCAUCUUUGCGUAGACUAUGCUUGCGGCAGAACUUUAUCUCUUUCUUGCACCCCGAUACAUUCCAUCUUUUGAACAAGCUCGAGGAGCUUGACUUCUACGAUAACAAGAUCAAGACCAUUGGGGCGGCGCUCACAGAGAUGCCAGAGCUAGCAACGCUCGAUCUGUCAUUCAACUUGCUCAAAGCCGUACCUGAUAACUUAGACCGUUUGCCCUCAUUGAAGACUGUCUACUUCGUCCAAAAUCGCAUCACAAAGAUCUCAAAUCUGGACGGUGUGGGCGCAACAUUGAGGAGUCUGGAGCUCGGUGGUAACAGGAUACGUAAAAUAGAAGGCCUAGACGCGCUUGUGAACUUGGAAGAGCUCUGGUUGGGCAAGAACAAGAUCACGAAGCUCGAGAAUCUGGGCUCACUCAAGCGCCUAAAGAUUCUCGCGCUACAGUCAAAUAGGCUCACGAAGCUUGAAGGCUUGGAAGAGCUAGAGAACUUGGAAGAGCUUUACCUCGAUCAUAACGGUAUUGAGAGACUUGAAGGCGUCGAGCACAAUACUAAGCUCACAACGCUUGACCUCGGUAAUAACUUUGUGCCGAAGAUAGAGAAUGUAGCGCAUCUAUCCGAGCUCACAGAGCUUUGGAUAAACAACAAUAAGAUAGACACACUCGCUGACCUGGAGCCAGAACUUGGCUCGCUCGAAUCCCUCGAGACGAUAUAUUUGGAGGGAAACCCUGUUCAAAAGACCGAAGGCGCAGCUUAUCGACGCAAGGUUCAACUGGCCCUGCCUCGAUUGACACAGAUAGACGCCACUAUGACCAGGCAAACAGUGGGAUGA